CAGUUUCCCACUAACGGCAGUAAUCAGAUCCACAUCCCGGCUCUGAGUGUCGAUGGUCUCUCCACCCCCGUGGUCCUCUCCCCCGGCCCCCAGAAACCCUGAGUUCCCCACAGAGCUCCUCACUGGGCACAGGAUCUCCUCCCGGAGGGUCGGAGGGGUCUGGACUGAUUCUCUCCACUAAAACCAGGAACUGGUAGUUUUUGUGGCGCUGUUGCCCGACUGGUAGGACUGGGAGAUCUGCUGGUUUAUGGACCUUUCACAAGAGGAUUUAAAACCAGACCUGGAAACGCCGCCAGCCGCCUCUGAUGAUAUUUUUAACGUGUGGGUGGAUGUCUGGGCUUCAUCCUCCUGAAACGCCUCCCCUCAUUUCUUUCCGAGCUCUUGUAGCGGCACUUGAACGCGUCGAGGUGGAGGGAUUAGUGUUCUACUGAGGGCUGACUUUAGUCGCUGCAGCAGGUUCACAUUAUAUUAGUGAGAUCAGACGUUUGAGUUUCACUGAUUCACUACGGACGGACGGGUUGAAGGCCAGUCAGACGUCAAACAGGAAACAGGACGUUUUUAAAGACAUUUUUGGGCUUUUUGCUCUUUAUGGUCAGUUAUUUUCAAAGGUGGUUAUUUAUUUCCUGUCUUGGGUGCGACGUUGGUUCUUUACUUUGACUCUGCUGUCGGCUCCUGACUCUCCUGGGACCAGCUUUUAUCACCAGUUGAACAUUUUAUAAACUGCUGGAUUCCUUCAGAAAAGACUUUUGGGUCCAUUUAAGGGUCGUUGCUUCGCUCUUAUUGGCCGCCACCUUUCUCCAGUUAUGCAUGGAUCUUUUUGAAGCGACCAAUCACAGAGGAGGGUUGAUGAUGCUGCUGCAGGCCCUCGUUGGGAGUUUUAACACAGCCAAGUUCUUUCUCUAUAAAAGUCUCUUUAUGUGACAGAUUGUAUAUUUUCUAGAAGAGUGUGAAGACGUUUUACAUCCCAAGUGAACUGCAGGAGAACGGAGGAGUGAAGUGUUUGUAUUCGGACCUGCUCACAUUCCUUUAAAGGGUCCAUGGUUUGUUUUACUGACGAA